AUGGCCUCCUUUCCACCCUCUUCUACGGGCUUUGCCGUGGUGUCAACGCAGCCUGAUAUUCGCCUUUUUUACUCGGUGACGCCGGCACUGCCUCUGGAUGCAUCCAAGCCCGUGAUUGUGCUCGCCAACUCGCUGGCGGCGACCACGGCGCUCUGGGACACGUUUACGACCGAGUUUGCGCCGACACACACGAUUGUCCGCUACGACGCGCGAUUCCACGGACACUCACCGUUGUCGUCGACCAACGGGUUUGACUACGAAAAGGGCCACUCGAUGGACGACCUGGCCGACGAUGUGAUUGCCGUCCUGGACACGAUCGGCGUGGCCUCGCCGCUUACGUUCAUCGGCCUCAGCAUCGGCGGCGGCGUUGGUGUAUCGCUGGCUGCUCGUUACCCGGACCGCUUCUCGUCAUUUGUGGUUGUGGGCUCGCGGUCACACGCAGCUCCUGGCGACGCGGCUCGGAUGGCCGAACGAGCCGCCUAUUACCGUUCGCACGGCGCUCGCGCACAGGCCGAGCAGAGCGUCGAGCGGUGGUUUGGAAACGAGUGGCCCAAAGCAUCGCCCGAGAACGAGAAACUCGCCCUCCAGGUGGCCGAUAUUGUCGUGCAGACACCCGUCGAGGGCUUCGAGGCCAGUGCGGCGGCCCUGAACCGGAUGGAUCUACGGGGACAGGCGGCCACCAUCGGCAGCCGCGGGGAUGGAAGAAGAGUGCUCUUUGUAGUCGGCGCCGACGACGGCAAACUGGUGGUGGACGAGAGCCGACAGCUGGCCGAGACGACGGGCAGUCGUCUUGAAGUGGUGGCCGACUGCGGGCACAUUGUCAAUGUGCAGCAGCCGACACGGUUCCACGCGAUUGUGCGGGCGUGGCUAGCGGACACAAAGGCGUAG